UGCGCCGCAGUGACUGAGCUGUCCCCGCUGUUAAUGCCUGUCGCUGCUGAGUCCAGAGCGUGUAACUCUCAAAACACAACUUAAUUCUUCUCAAACACCAGUGCAGUCAUUCCCUUAUCAGGCCAUAAAUGUAGGCGAUACAAAAUCAUUAUAGCAAGAGCCAGGCUGCUUACAAGUAAUAAGGCUAACUUUUUAAUGAAUUUACUUACAUAUUUUGCAAUGACAUGAUGAGUGUUUAGGUAAAAUUCUGCCCUUAUCUUCAGAUGCCCUCAGUUUCUCAUUAGUUAAAAGCCCACUCAUUAGGAAGAGCACAUUCCCAGGACAAACACAUCAGCUGUUGUAAAUUGUUCCACCAAAGUUUUCUGCUGUUCACUGAUUUUAUAGAGGACACAUCAUAACAAUUUCCCAGAAAAAAACAUGCCAUGGAUGUUCAAAUGGUCAAAGGGUUAGCAGUGACGGUGCUGCUUACUAUGGUUGAUGCUCAGCUGCCGAAGCCGGCACGGGCCCCUCUGGUUCUGCACAAGCCUUUCGUGGUGGUUUGGAAUGCACCGACCGAGCAGUGCAGGCUGCGGUACAAGGUGGACCUGGAUCUCAGUGUUUUUGAUAUUGCAUCCAACACCAAUGAGACUUUGAGUGGAUCCAAUGUGACAAUCUUCUAUCACACUCAUUUGGGAUACUAUCCCUACUACUCAGAUAACGGAGAUCCUGUCAAUGGAGGGGUGCCCCAGAACGAAAGUCUUAUCAAACACCUUAAUAAGGCAAAGUCUGACAUUGACUACUGCAUACCCAUGAAGAAAUUUCAGGGACUUGCAGUCAUUGACUGGGAAAACUGGAGGCCCCAGUGGGAUAGGAACUGGGGCAAUAAAAGCAUUUAUAGAAAUAAGUCUCUUGAGAUGGUUAGGAGACGCCAUCCUCAGUGGUCGGAGGACAAAAUUAGGAAAGUGGCUAAAGAGGAAUUCGAAAAUGCUGGCAAGAGUUUUAUGAACAAUACCAUCCUUCUGGCUGAGCAUAUGAGACCAAAUGGUUUGUGGGGUUACUAUCUUUACCCAGACUGCUACAAUUAUGAUUACAAAGAACACCCCCAAACAUACACGGGGAAGUGCCCAGCCAUUGAGUCUUCCCGCAAUGACCUCCUGCUUUGGCUGUGGAAGGAAAGCACUGCUCUCUACCCUUCCAUAUACCUGGAUUAUAUACUGAAGUCAAGUCCAAACGCACUAAGAUUUGUUCACUAUCGGGUUAAGGAGGCAAUACGUGUUGCCUCAAUUGCUAGAAAAGACUACGUUUUGCCUGUGUUUGUUUACUCCAGACCAUUUUAUGCCUAUACUUUUCAUGUUUUAACAGAGACGGAUCUAGUCAAUACCAUUGGUGAAAGUGCGGCUUUGGGAGCAGCUGGAGUUGUUCUCUGGGGCAGCAUGCAAUAUGCCAGCUCAAAGGAGAGCUGCUCAACUGUGAAACGGUACAUUGACGGGCCCUUAGGACAUUACGUCAUUAAUGUGACCUCAGCAGCCAAACUCUGUAGCAAAGUCCUGUGCAAGAAGAAUGGAAGAUGUAUCCGCAAAAACAGCGACUCUUCUGCUUACCUCCAUUUGUCACCCACUAAUUUUAAGAUCCGAGCCCGUCACUCAGAGAGGGGCUCCAGGUUCCAGGUGACUGGUGAACCCAGCCUGGAGAGUAUUGAAGCCAUGAGGCAGAGAUUCAUGUGUCAGUGUUACCAGGGCUGGACAGGAAUAUUUUGUGAAUUGCCUGACCAAAGGCUAAUGGAGCACUGGGUUCAUGUUGUGCUCAGUAGAUCAAGAAAACAAAAGCUUUAUGUCUUCCUCUUAGGAGCCAUGCAGCUGCUUCUGCUUUGUACCACACACUAAAGUCUUCUGAGGCAGUGCAAGGAAAUAAGAAAUGGUGCCACUAAGAGUUCUGUUCCUUAGAAAGUUUUUAUUGUGCAGGGAAAAGAUAUUGUUGAUAAAAUAGUUUUAUUCUGUUUUCUUCAUCUCCUACACCUGGAAUUGCUUCAGACAUUAAACAUUUUGAAAGCAGCCCCCUCUUUUCUACCAUCUCCUUUACUUUUAACUCAUGUUUUACUCACACGUUCAACAGAUAAAGCUUCUGCUGUGACAGCAGAAGCUUUACCUGAGUAAAAAAGUUGAAUAAACUUGUACAAGGAUUCAUCCAUGUAGCAGCUUAAAAAAGGACACAGAGCCUCUUUGUUUCAGGGCUGGAUGGUUUAACAUACGGUGAUGAGGAAAGUCUUCAUGGGGACCAGGGAUUGCAAACUGUUCACUGCAGCUCCCACUGAAGUCAAAUGGCAUUUUUUGUGAGCAGCAGCACUAUGCCCAGAGCCACAUCCACUGCUCCAACUCGCUGCUCCAACUGCUUCUGCAUGGACAAUGUGAAGAGUAUAGAGUUAUAAAUCAGUGCACACUUUAAAAUAAAUGUGUAUUUCAGUAUUUCAAGGCCUAAUUUGAUUCAUAUUACUUCUAGAGGUAUCAGUAUUUCCAGUGGUAGUUUUGUGCCAUCAAUUCCAAAGGUACUGUUUGACUGAAAAUCUCUGCGAUCGCCAGUCGUUGGGUCAAAUGUUCAUUUUCCCGCCAUACCAGCCAACCAGCAGAACGUAUAUGUGUUUAGGUGAGGGGCUCCUGAGCUCUGAGAGCAGCACUGGCAGCUGGCACCCCGCAGUGCUCCCGCCCGGGCAGGCGACGGGAGAGCGCUUCUCCUCCUUGCUGCCUGGCAUCACUGCUGCCUCUGGGGCCACUGCGGGGCUUGGCUUUCUGCUCUGCUAACUACAGGGGUCUCGUAACUCUGCUCUCCUACAGCUCUUGCGCAGUCACCCGACCAAGCUGGCUGGUCAGCGACUGGGAAACUGGAACAGGCUGACAGAGCCCACUGCCGGUAUGCGUCUCCCUCAUGCAGGGAAGGAGAAGAUGAAGAACUCUACUCCCUGGCAAUGUUUUGGCUUGCAGCCUUCAGCUUCAGAUGGGGACCUCUUUGGAGGUGGUAUAGCUUAAUGAACUACGGAUUACUGGUUAAUUUAGCAUCCAUAACGUGCCAUUCUGUCAGGCUAUGGCCUGUCCGUUUGCAGUUUUUCAUUGGUCCAUGUUCAUGUGUGAACAAACAUAUUUCAUCAAAGACCCGUCUGUCUUCCACCUAACUUUUCAAUGUAACAAACAAUCAAUGACUUCACUGAAUUGAAGACAAACCCAAAAAAUUCCCUACAUCCUUCUGACUUUUAGGGAGGAUACUAAAAUAAUUUUCUUUUGAGGCUUUUGUAUGAUGCAUUGACCUGAGUACCAUUCCAGAGCAUGGACACAGAAAUUAAUAAGAAACCCACAUGUGGGUCUAAGACUUUUUUUUUCACCCUGACUAGUGUCUGUAUUGAUCAUUUGUGGCCGGACUUCAUUGCUUACACUACACAGUACCCUAUUCCUGUAGCAGUUUGGUUAAAAUCAGCAAGGCUAUGUGGAGAGGAUACUUAACUGAGUAAGGAAGUCUGAAUCUGGCCCUUGCCAGGCCCCCUUCUUGAUAGUGUCCUAAAUUAUUUUAAACAUUAACAUGUUUCUAUGCAUUACAAUCUGCUGGGGUGUCCUAUGUUCUCCGUAAUCUCCUGUUGUCUCUGAACAUUUCUUCAUGAUAACCCCACAAAAAAAACUUUCUUUGGUUUGCUAGGACCAGAUUCACAGCUGGUGUGAACUGUGAUGCUCAGAUUCACUCGAGCCAAAGACCCAGCUCACAACAGACCUGCAGUGGAUACAUUAAGGCUGCAAUGAUCCCUUUAAACCUAGGCAAUGAAAUGGGACUAACUUCAGUUAAAUGGAGACUUAGUGCUAGCUAUAGUGAGCCACUCUGUAAUGACACGUGCUGAGAAGCUACAGGAGAGCUUUGCCACUGGCCUUUUCCUUUGUAGCGUGUAAUGGCAAUGGAUGACAGCAAAAGUGAAGGUAAAAAACUUUAUUAUUUUGGUAUGGGAGAGAAAGGAUUAAAAUUAAAGUUUAGAAAAACUGACAGUUGUUAACAACUAUGCCUUAGACUGAAGCUAGUGUGUUUACCUUUUCAAAUAUUUUUUAUUGAUUAUAUACAUUCUGCUUUAGCUCCUGAAUCCAGUUCAGUUUGCUAAACUUCAAGGGGAACUUACAAAUACUUUAGCGUAUUGAGAGCACAGAAACUAUUAGCCCAGUUUUGCUAAAUACCUGUCACCAGUGUAGGUCUAUAUUUAAACUCGAUGCUCCUGCUUUGUGUAAUGCUGUCCUGUGUUCUGAAACCAGAGGUGAUGUGAAAAUGCUGUAAUCCUCAUGCACUGCGUCAGUGAAAUGUGCUUUUAAAAUGUUGUGUAUCACUUCGUAAAGUGUUUCCAUUAUUUCUGUAGGCUUAUAAGAAUAAACUGUGUUGUGACUUAUAUACACAAUUUAUUUGGAUAGCAUAAAUUCAAUUAAACUGACAUAAGAUCUUCAUCAGCUAAAGUUUU